ACCAUCGAAUUAUGAUACCAUAUAAAUCAGUAUACGGCUUUCCAGACAAAUGUACCAAAAUAAUUGAAUAUAAAGAGAGCACUGAAAAUGAGCUACGAGAAAAGUAUCGAACCUGUCAAAUAAAAUUCCUGGAAAAAUGGCAGAUUACUAUUAAUCACUAUUACACCGAAAGUUUGAAUUUUUGCUGUUUUGUAUAUGAAGUUUUGGAAUGUGAAAAUAAAGUAUUGUCUGAAUGCGAUUUGGAUUAUUCCGAUCGGAAUGAAAGAGACACAAGACGAUUAUUUGAUAAAUCAUGCCAACCGAUCAUAGCAAAAAAUUCUUGUGGCAAGAGUAACGAAAAUGAAACUAAUUGGCUAAAGAUAGUAGGCAUAGCUAUAGCCAUUGCUGCAUCGGUGGCGUCAUGUAUACUUGGAAUUCGUUGUAUAUACAAUCGUUUCAAGAAUAGUCCUGAAUUAAAAAUUCAAAUGGAAGCAAAGAAUGCUUACAAGAAGGACAAAUUCGAGGAACUUUUAAAAUUAGAAUUAGCUCGAACAACAUAUGAUGAAGAAGUAGAUAAACGCGACAGUCAAUUGAUAGAAAAAACGACUGAAAUGAUUAUAGAAGGAGAAAAAUCAAAAAAUUCUGGAUUAGUUAAAAAAUUGGGUUUGUUAGUAGGUAUUGGGAGCAAUAAAAAUGAGCCUCCUAAGGCAGAGAAGGGAAAAGGAAUCGGUUUAAAAAAACAAGUCGCUAACCUAUUUAGAAAGAAUCCAGAAAAACAAAAGAUGAAAAAGUUAAAAGAAAAAAUCUGGUCAAGAAUCAAUGAAGAUUCGAAACAAGAAGAAUUCUGGAAAGAUUUCAAUAAAUACUCAGAAUCAUAUUAUAACAAACAAUCCGAUACGACAACAAAGAAGAAUAAAUGGUUUCCAUGGCGAAAAAAUAAAGCAGAAGAAGUGACGAAAAUUGAAAAAGACAAAAUUCCAGUGAGUGUGUCAGUAAAGCACAAUUUGGAAUCGAAAAAUGCAGAUGCUCAAGGGAUAGAAGAAACAUUAAACAUUCAAUCAAGCGUUUCGCACGAAGACAAAAUUCCACCCACAACAGUCAGUGAGCCAGUACAGGAAAAAAUCAAACCGACAACAGCAGAAACCCAAUCGAUAAAAGGAACAUUAAGCAUUCAACCAAGCGUUUCUCAUGAAGACAAAAUUCCACCCACAACAGUCAGCGAGCCAGUACCAGAAAAAAUCGAAUCGAAAACAUCAGAAACUCAAGUGAUAAAAGGAACAACAUUAAGCAUUCAACCAAACAAUUCGCACGAAGACAAAAUUCCACCCACAACAGUCAGCGAGCCAGUACAAGAAAAAAUCCAAUCGAAAACAACAGAAGCUCGUGAGAUGAAAGGGACAGUAAAAAUUCCACCGAGCGUUUUGCACCAAGACAAAAUGCAAGACGAAUCGAAAGAAUCCAUUUCAAGCGGAAAGUUAUCACCAGAAUUCUUACAAAACGAGGAAGAUGUAAUAAAUGUGCAAAAAGAUCAAAACUUAAAUGGACUAUUGGAACCAUCCAAAGUUUUGUCUGAUCUAGAUGAUGAACAAUUAAUUAAUUUAACUCAACUUCCACCUGAACCGUUAAGACGAAAAGAAAUAAUUUUGCACAAAUCAGUAAAUGGAAUUCCAAUAUUCUCGGAAAUGGCAAAGGAGUCAUACAAAAACGGUUUUAAAUAUCCAUACUUUGGUCUUAUUGCUGAAGAAGCAGCUCUUACUAAACAAUGGGACAUUAUACAGGCAGAAUAUAGGAAAAAACUUGAAGAAUUAAAGCCGCUACGAACGAAAAAAAAACUUUUUGGAAUGAGAAAUAAAAAAAUGUUGACUGAUGCCGAAAAACAAAAGGAGAUUGAUCAACAGUGCAAUGAUAUAGAGAAAGAAUUAAUAAAAGCUGAAAAAGAAUUUAAAUCUCAAGAAAAAGACUUAAAAAAUCAAAUAGAAAAAGCAAAAAAG